ACACGUGCACACACACGACGACGCAUCCAGCGCACACGUGCACAUUGUUUCACCGCGCGCGCGCUCUCUCUCGUUUCGUGCCGCAUGCGCCGGCAAGUCAAGGGGGUCGCCACUUGUCACAUCAACAGAAGCCAUGUGCAUCACGCGAAAGCUGCAGCUGACCCUGGCGAUCUUGAAGCCCGAUGUUUGCAAGAUCCCCAUGAAACUCGAGGCUGUUCGGCAGGUGAUCCUGGAGAAUGAUUUCAUCUUUGUCAAGAGCAAGAUGGGAUCUUACACUAGAGAACAGAUGGAGAAGUUUUACGCCGAGCAUCAAGGAAAAUUCUUCUUUGAGAGGCUGGCAAGCUUUAUGUCCAGUGGGCCACUGUCAGUCCACGUAUUGGCCAAGGAGAAUGGCAUCAAAGAGUGGCGUACCCUCCUGGGGCCAACCCAAGUGUUCAGGGCUAUUCAUGAUGCCCCCAAUUCCAUUCGUGCAAGGUUUGGACUGACAGACACACGGAAUGCUGGUCAUGGAUCAGAUUCCGAGGAGUCGGCCAGGCGCGAGAUCGGCUUCUUCUUCCCAGAGUUUGACCAGGACAUGUGGUACCUGAACGAGGAGCAACGCUGGCGCCGUGCGAAACUCGUCUUUGACCUAGAACGAUGCGAGCACGUAGUGGUCGACGAAGAGGAACAGCAGUGCAACACCUAACCUUUGUCUCUGUGACGUGCAACCCACGCUGCCUGCUCCCUUUCGAAAACUGGGUGUAACCAUUUGUAAAUCAAAUUUUUCAGUACUGCUUCCUAAAAAGCAUUUGAUGCCGUUGAUGCUCCAAGUCUGCCAACUUGGCCACCAAAUUAAAGCACGCAUUACGAUGUGUGCACUGCUGACAUGCACUGGCUCCUACUUACCAGCAGCAGUAUAUACAGUAAAAUUUUGCGUGUAGUAUGCAUGUAGCAUAUUAUAGUCUUGCACCAGAUUUCAUCACAUCAAAUUUACUUCUAUUACAUUGGUGUACCAAUGUGUUUAGAGGCUUAAGCUUUUGCUGUUUCUACAUAACAGUGCUGUUUUUCGGUAGCGCUACGUAUCUAUAAAUUUUUAGCACUUCCUUUUUAUUUCUGUUCCUAUUUCGCUUCUCCAUAACAGCCCCGUGUACUGCACUUGGGUUUGUAUUAUACAUGCAAGAUUUUCACAUUGCUUCUGUAGGACUACACUACGAAGUGUCAGCACUAUUUUUUAUAUAUGUACUUUUUUGUGAACCUCUGGCUGAGCACUACUACUGUACAUAUAACAUUCUUGCUCAGUAAGUUUGCCGACUUGCACACCAAGCCACAAAUUGCAGCAACUGUAAUGUUCGCUACCAUUGUAUCCUACUGAGUAAGCGGUGUAUUGGUACUGUCUUUACAUAAUUUUUCUAGAUCUCUUGCCAGACACCACUGUGCCCCUGGUGUUCAAUGCAUCAUCACUUUUGUGGUAUGCAGGGAUGUUCUGGGCCGUUUCUAGGGAAAAUUUGCAAAAUAUGGUAGGCAACACUGGUGCUCAGGGCUGGGAUGACAUAAUUCUAUUCCAAUGGCAUCCCUUGUCGUGCUUCGUCAGGAUUCAGAGCGGCGCUCCGCCCGCAUUAUGAACGCAAUCAGCUGGCUCUGAAUGGCGGUUAAGAGUGACAUAGAAUUGAGCGGGCGAAAUCGCCAUGUUAUACAGACCCUGAUGGCCAAAGCUGUGCAAAAGUACAAGAUGGAAACACGGGCAUGCUUAUGCAGCAUUUGUGUGACAAAAGCCUGUUGCAUGACUUAAGCUCAGGGCUGGAUGAGAUUACUUAUUAGUACUGCCCAGCCAAUACAGCAAAAGCGACACUGCUUAUUGUCUUCAGUUCAAGUUCUGUGGUGUCAAAAGCAAUAGAAGCCGAGAAUGGCAUAGAGUAGCAGUUACCUCUCUCUAGAUGUUGGAAUGGCUGUAGCAGUGGAUACUUUAUCAAGCAGCUCAGUGACUGUUUGCUAACCCAUAAACACUCCCCCACCCCCUCCCCCAAGCAUUUUAAAACUGCCAUUGACACCGCGUAUUUGUAUAUUACACUUAUAAUAACAUAUAGUAAGCCCUAAAGAAGUGCUAACAUGACAUUUUCAACUUUUCUUGUUUUGCAUUAAAUGAAAGUCCUAAACUUUUGAAAGUACAAAAAAAGUUUGAAAGUACAAAAAAACUGCUGGCUACAAAAUUUUCUCCAACUAAUUUACUGUAUUAUAAAUACUUCUUUCUAUGAGCUUGUUUUGGUUUCGGUACCAAGGAGGCGGUUGCUUUACAAUACACUGGCUGGCUCCGUCCCUGCAAUCACUGCUGCUGCUGUGCCCGACCACAGCCAAAAGAAUGCACGCAGCACUCUCGUUGACUUUUUAUUCGCAAUGUCGUUAUACCUAAAAGCUUAUUGUGGCAUGAUGUCGGCAAAUUUCGCCCCGUGUGAUUGAUGUCAUGAUAGUCGAGAAAGUAUGAACUUACUGGACAACAGUUCAAAGACUUUGCAAGACCGGCACAUAGACGAAACACAAUGUCCGUGUAAGAUGCAAACGUUUUUAUUUUUUCUCUUGGUUUUUUCAUUCUUGAGCACCUACAGAAGUGGCCCAAUGCCCAGCCCCCAAAAGUAACAUUGUAAAUUUAAACAAAAUAUUGUGCAGAAAAGGGGACCUAAAAGAUGAAUCAGAAACCUUGCAGUUAACCUGCACGGUUUGUCUUACUGAUUUGUGUUUGUAGAAAAUUUGUUUUGAAGUCGCGUUUAAUGUGGCAGUCAUUUAAGCUUGUAUUUCUAGUCAAGCGAAUACAAUAUAAAUUGACAAUCUGUUCAUAUUGUUUACCUCUACAGCAUACAGAAUUGCCCUGAUACAAAUAUUUGUAAUGGACAAAGUGAAACCUAGUUUAUUUAAAAAGUCUUCCUGGAAAAAAAAAAGCGCAAAGACAUUCUUUUCAGGCCGUCGAAACUUUGUGAAUAUUUUGCAUCUCUAGGUAUUUUUCCUUGUGCUUAGUCUAAGCGUUAGUCCUGCAAAAUCUUAAUUUUGUCACCAUAAUGUGAACGAUGGCAUUCCGUGACAACUUUAGUGUCAAAUGAAAACAUCUUGUAAGUGCAUCUCAACCUCUAUACUCGCCAAAGGCGAUCCUUUGGCGAGUAUGGAGGUUGGGCCUACACUUUUGAAUAUAUGUCAGUACUCCUUAAUGAGAUACUUGAGUUGUCAAUGUGUGCGAUACGCCUUUUUAGGUCAUAGACUCGGCAGAUAAAGUAUGCAUGCUGCUAAUGAUUUCAUGGCACGAGUUGCUGACUCUCAGUGCCUUAGAGUGCCCAUCAAUUGUGCCAUAUGCCAGAGGUGUGUACAGUGAAAAAAAAAAAAGAAAAAGAUAUACAUAUACACAUUCUCCUUUUAUUUUUCUGUAAUGAGCAAUGAAAUAAAUAUUUAUUGACAUUACUACAACAAA